AUGGCUUCAGCAGCACGCAAUUCCCAGCCUCUCACCACCGCCGAGGGCUUCGCGUGCGGUGGACUGGCUGCCUGCGUUGCGGUCACGAUCACGAACCCCGCUGAGGUUGCCAAGACGCGUCUGCAGCUGCAAGGAGAACUAGCUAAAGAUGGCGGUGUGAAGGUGUACAGGAAUACCUUUGAUGUACUGGGGAAAAGCUGGCGUCACGAGGGUAUCAGAGGCGUGCAGCGCGGUCUUGGUCCUGCUGCAUAUUCUUCUUCAUUGCCAGUAGGCACACAACGCUACUACAAAAAUGCCUUCCACGCGCUCAGAUCAGUCUACCGUGAGGAAGGGCUACGCGGUAUGAUUCGUGGUGUGGACGCUGCUGUUCUUCGAACAGCUAUGGGAUCGACGGUGCAACUGCCAGUUUACAACUGGACAAAGAAUCACCUUAUUGAGCACGACUUGUUACCAGCUAACAGCAUAUGGACAUUCUUAGCUAGUAGCUCUGUUUCAGGGAUGUGUGUUCUUGCAGCCAUGCAACCCGCUGAUACAGCACUAACACGUAUGUAUAACCAACCAACUCGCCGUUUACCCGACGGCAAAGUCGUCGGUACGCUUUACAGACAUCCCAUCGACUGUUUAUGGAAAACAUUGAGGACGGAAGGCUUUUUUGGGUGGUACAAAGGCUCGUUCGCACAUUUUAUCCGCAUCAUGCCACAUACCGUUGUCACACUGACCGCGAACGAUAUCAUCAUUGGUCUCUAUAAGCGAUACCGAGAUCGCUCAUCGUAG